CUGUCACACAUAUAUAUUUCUCUGUGUCUGCUAACUCCUUCAACGUACGCCAUGGCUUCUUACACUAAGUCCCUUGUUCCCUCAUCCUCUUCCCUUUCACGACGUCCUUGGUUUCCCCCUCACAUUCGCCAUCCUCCUCCUCUUCCACGCCGCUCUCCUACCUCAUAUCCCUCCAUUUCUUGCUCCAUUGCUACCAGUAAAGUGCAGGGGCCGAUUGUGGAAAGGGGUGAAGAGGUGAAGAGUAAGAAUGAUGAAGAUAACUGCUAUGGAGUUUUCUGCUUGACCUAUGAUCUCGAGGCUGAAGAAGAAACAAGAACAUGGAAGAAACUAAUCAACAUUGCAGUCUCUGGUGCAGCCGGAAUGAUCUCUAAUCACCUCCUUUUCAAGCUUGCAUCUGGUGAGGUUUUUGGUCCAGAUCAACCUAUAGCUCUGAAAUUACUGGGAUCUGAAAGAUCAUUCCAAGCACUUGAAGGAGUUGCAAUGGAACUGGAGGAUUCCUUGUUUCCUUUACUAAGAGAGGUUAGUAUUGGGAUUGACCCCUAUGAGGUGUUUCAAGAUGUAGAAUGGGCUCUGUUAAUAGGCGCUAAGCCUCGCGGUCCUGGCAUGGAGAGGGCUGAUUUAUUAGACAUAAAUGGCAAAAUCUUUGCUGAGCAGGGAAAAGCACUAAAUGCUGUGGCAUCCCGAAAUGUGAAAGUUAUAGUUGUGGGAAAUCCUUGCAAUACAAAUACUUUGAUAUGCUUGAAGAAUGCUCCAAACAUUCCUGCAAAGAACUUUCAUGCUUUAACUCGCUUAGAUGAGAACAGGGCCAAAUGUCAGCUAGCUCUCAAGGCAGGUGUCUUUUAUGAUAAAGUGUCAAAUAUGACCAUAUGGGGGAAUCACUCAACUACUCAGGUCCCUGACUUUUUAAAUGCCAGAAUUGAUGGUUUGCCUGUUAAAGAUGUGAUCAGGGAUCGCAAAUGGUUAGAGGAAGACUUCACUCAAAAGGUUCAAAAGAGAGGUGGUGCUCUUAUUCAAAAGUGUGGGAGAUCAUCAGCUGCAUCAACUGCUGUAUCAAUUGUUGAUGCCAUUCGCUCUUUAACCACUCCUACUCCUGAGGGUGAUUGGUUUUCCUCUGCUGUGUAUACAAAUGGGAAUACUUAUGGUAUCGCAGAAGAUAUUGUUUUCAGCAUGCCAUGUCGAUCUAAAGGAAACGGUGAUUAUGAACUUGUCAAGGAUGUUAUAAUUGAUGACUACCUCCGACAGCGAAUAACCAAAACAGAAGCAGAGUUGCUGGCAGAGAAGAGAUGUGUGGCUCACCUAAUAGGCCAGGUAACCUUCUUAUAUAUACAUGUAUCUAAUGUGUUUAACCAAAUUGCUGUGCUGAGACUCGUCAUUUGAAACAUGCUUUGAUUCUGAUUCAGGGGAGUUCUGUGUGUGAGCUGCCUGGUGACACAACGCUCCCUGGAGAAAAGUAGCAAAACCAAUUAGCACCUUACAGUUAGAGCGCACUUCUACACUAAUUUCUAGGUAAAUAGUCCAGUAAGUGAACAAGAAAAAUUUGUAUACAAGGCCAAUCAUAAAUGCCAGUCACACAAGCGCUUCAUAUACACUUGAGUGAGAUUCACUAAUGACAGUUUAUGAUCGGCUUUGUUUACAAAUUUUUUUCCUUUCUUUCUUUUUUAAGGAGGUACGUUUCAAAUAUCGAGGGUAAGUUCACCAAGUGGCGGAUAAUGAUUACUGUACAAUAAAUCGAGCGUAAAUUUUGCCCGCUUCACAUGGCAGUAGAUGCAAAUCAUUGUUUGGCUUUUCCAGCCACAUUGUACUCAUAAUUUGUCAUCCAUAUGUUGUAGUAUGGCAAUUAAAUUUAGUUGAGAUAAAAUUUGCCGCCCGA